AAUGGCUGACGUUGAAUCAAGUGCUGUUGUGCAGCAAUCGUCUUCAGGUGCCAGUAGCAUGAGCCUAAAUUCUAUACCACUAUUAGCGUCCAAUGAGCUGCUCGGCGAAAGCAGCAGCGCUCAAGUAAAUCUCCAGCAACAACAGCAACAAUCACAACCCGUUGCUGGUGCUGUUAGUGGAGGUAAUGGUGGCAGCGCAGGUACAUCCUCGAGUUCAGUCAACAAUGCGGGAUCCAUAACAAUGGAUACUACAACUAGUGAAAAUACAAGUUUAGUUAAUAGUGGAGUGAUUGGAAGUGGUGUUGGGGGUGGUAGUAAUUCGUCGAGUGUUGGUGGGGGUAAAGUGGACAGUGGUGAGCCACCAUCUAAGAAGCAAAUGCUCGAUCAUCCGAGCACAUCCUCGGGCAGUGGUAAUAGUGCAUCGCAACACGAAAAGCUCGAGUAUCGUCUGGGAGGGAUUUUAUGUUGUGCUGUUUGCUUGGAUUUGCCGAAGACAGCUAUGUAUCAGUGUCAAAUGGGCCAUUUAAUGUGUGCCGCUUGUUUUACACAUUUACUCGCUGAUGGACGUUUACGCGAUCAAAUUGCCACCUGCCCAAAUUGUCGGGUUGAGAUUUCAAAAAGCACUGCAUCACGUAAUCUGGCCGUGGAGAAAGCCGCCUCCGAGUUGCCCAGCGAGUGUCAAUAUUGCAAUAAAGAAUUCCCAUACAAGUCGCUGGAUCGCCAUGAGCAAUACGAGUGCCAGGAACGGCCUACAAACUGCAAAUAUUCACGAAUUGGCUGUCAAUGGCGUGGACCGAAUCAUGAGACUACUGAGCAUGAACGCAACUGUUUGCAUCCUACAAAAUCGGGUUACGAGGUAAUGGCUGCACUGGAAGCCCAUGAUGCCAAAAUUAAGGAGGAAAAGAAAAUGUUUUGUACACUUAUAGAUUUGCUGAGUUAUGAAAAGAUUAUAUUUAAUGAUUUACAAAUGAAACCCUAUCGUACCGAUGAAUAUGUACACAAAUUAUUCUAUGAGACGGCUAGAUUUACGGCAUUCAAUCAACAAUGGGUGGUAAAAGCACGGAUUAAUAAUAGUCAACGUGAUCCGCACCAAUCAAAUGAACGUACCAUAACGUAUCAGUUAAUUUUGAAAACAAAAACCAGCACACCCAUGAGUAUUCAUUUCUUUGCUUUGAAAGGACCCUUCUCAGAUAUGAAGGUGGCUACACAAAUCUACAAACACGAAUUUACAGACCAAAGUAGCGAAAGUGAUUAUUACAUACUACCACUGCCGGAUAGCUCUGAGUGCAAUAGGCUCUUAUCGAACAAAGGAAUCAAUUUCCGUCUCUUGAUGUUUUUGCUUAAUAAAUAAAUAAAUGUUUACUAAUUUAUUUAUAUUUGCAAAGAAAUGAUAUAAGUAUAUAUAUAUAUAUUUUUUCGAUUCAAUAAUAUUUCAUAGUUUAAGCUAUGUUUUACAUAUAUAAAUAAGUCGUUUAUAAUACUUAAAGUUUAAUUCAUUAGGUACGCAUUGAUUUGAAGCGGGUAGCAGUGCGAAAAAAGGGUAAAUUGGCGGCACUCGAGUUGUCAAUCGUCGUAAAACUGCUAAACGUUGAAUUUUAUAUUUUGUAUACAUAUAUAUGAAUCGUUUAUAUUGAAAGUGGCAUAAGUCAUUUCCACCUCUUCAUAAAACACACUGACAAAACAUACCUUUGGCUGAUGAAGUUGAAUGAAUAACAGAUGCGUUGAGAUACAUGUAAAAUGAUCGCUGAAGUCAAAUGGUAUGAAAUGACUUAUGCCACUUUCAAAAUAAACGGUUCAUAUGCAUGUAUUGAGAGUGUUCUAUCAAAAGCGUACAUAUACAUACAUAUAUUUUUAUUAUGAUAAUUUGUCCACUAAAGUUAUAUACAUAAAUAUAUAUAUAUUUUAAGUGAAAUUAAAGUUAAACUAAUAUUUACACACUCAUAUAUGUAUGAAUGUACAUCCAAAUACACAUAUUAUGUAAGCGCAUGCUCGUACAUUACAAAAACAUGUGGACAAAAGUAGAAAAAGAUGCUAAAAGUUUCGUCGAACACGAAUACACGUAACACAUCUUAAUAUUACUAUAGUUAAAAUUAAAACAAAAAUGUUCUUUGACGUCAACUCAAAGACGAACUAGGUUUAGAAAAAUAAAGCCGCCAUGCGUUUUCAUUUAAUAUGCCUUCACAUAUUCUACUAUACAUAUAUAAAUAUUUAAAUUACAAUUGAUUUCUAAAAUUUUGGCUGCUUAAAGGCGGGGUCCAUCGUUCUAGUUUAGAACUUUUAUUCCAUAUAGUUGUGGUUGUGUUUCUCUCCCAAUUCGGAGAAGGAGAGCAACUGAGAAAAGUUCUGAACUCUUUUGAGUUGUUAACUGAACUUCAGCUUUAGUUACGAACAUUUUUGAUAUUGCCCUAAUUAAUUUCGGUUCAGAAAACUUUAUAAAUUUAUUUAAAAUUACUUAAAAGGAAAAAUUAAAAUUGGCAAAAUACCUUCAAAUUUCCAAUUGCUAAAGUUGUAAUUUUGACAGCACGAACUAUUGAAUGAGUGAUGAAUCUACCUUCAGACCUUUCUCUUCGUGAAAGAGGAUGGGUAAGUGAAAAAAACCAGUGAACCAGAACGAUAAAUCCGCCUUAAAAUUAAUUCUUGCUUACAUACAUUAUGUACCUUCAGUAUCUUCUCCAACCACAAUUCAAUAAACAUACUUCUAAUUUUCUAAGCGUUUGUCGUACUGCAAUAAUUUUUUUCUUUUCAUAAUCGUUGAAGCUUAAGUUAUGUAUACACAAUUCUUGUUAACACUUGAUAAAUUAAUAAAAAUAAUCGAGGGUAGAAUUUCAUAUGUAUGUGUAAGGAUCUCAACAUCGCUAUAACAAAAAAUAAAUUUAGAUCAGCGUAAUAAGAAAUAAUAAUUAAAAGUAAAUAUAAUUGCAUAUAUUUAAUCUUCAAAUAAAGUUAAUAGCUAAAACAAUAAUAUUAAUGUACCAAAUAAAAAUUCAUUUAUAUACAUACAUACAUAGUACGUACAUACAAAUCAACACACAUUGUCAUUAUAAUGAAUGCAGAUGUUCACUUUCUUCUCGCAUAACAUACACCAUAGCGUAAAUGCAUACACACAUACAACAUAGGUCAAUGUUCUGUAGAUUGAACACUGCAGCGCUUAUAAAUAUUAAUAAAUAAAUGUAUUACAUACAAAUUUAAUUUGUAAUGCUUCUAUUAAAACAAUAAGGAUACCCGUGUCGAUAAGUCACGUCACUGUAAGAGCCAACACCACUCGAUAAGUUGUAAAAUGACAAAUGACACAAGUCGUCAAACUAUUAAAUCAUUAAUUAGUAAACUCAUAUGAUUUUUUUUUCUGCAUCACUUGAGUACAUAAAUACAUACAUAUGUGUUGCAAAAUUUUCAACGGUUAGCAAUAUUCGAAUUUCUAUUACAGCUUUAUGAGUUCAUCAAUUUGUUCACAGUUCGUUGGAGUUUAGGUUUACACUACUUGCAGUUACCAAUUAUUUGCACUCGGUUCAAAAUUAGACGUUAGUUCAUCUUAAUCACAGUUUGAAAAGAAAGUCACAAUCACUCAGUCAUUCCCUUGAAAUAUCUGUGUAUCCCGAAAUUAGACAUCGAAUAGUGGAAAAAUAAGUCACAAUUAAAAAAAAAAAACAGAUCUCGGCUAAAGAACCGGUAAAUGAACUGUGAACUAUUUGCUUGGCGUCCAAUUUCAGAAGAGAAUUUGACUUUUGCCGGACAUACAUUGGGUACAUCGGGGCUAGUCUGGUUAAACAGGAGUUUACGUGGGUAUCUCUUGGCAAUUGAAGCUCUUCUGCGAUUGUGCUCGAUGACGGCAUUCACAGGACGGUAGUUACUGAAGGUGGCCUAUACAGGCCGUUUAUUGCCUGCCUAUACAGUGCCGGUUCCAGUGGUCGUGGCGUGUAGUCCUGGACCUGGUCCUUCAGUUCGUAGAGGUUCCGCCUCAAGCAAGUGCAUGUUUAGGUGCCCACAUCUCUUGCAACCUUCUAAGAGCUGCUUGCUGAGCUCCCUUACUGGCAGCAUUAGGGCCUCGCAUCUAACUACUCGGCUACAGCUGCCAUCGAUCGGCUAGUGAGAACGCGUAAAAAGAAAAUUUCUAUCAUUCGUUGGUGUGCCCUUUGAAAUAGUGUAAAUCGAUGUAAAACUAGAUAACUUUAACCAAAUGGGAAUUCGGUAGAAUUUAUUAUGUUUCUCCUAAUAAACUAUGAAGCAAUCAAUUUCCUAUUUCUCUUCAUACAGCAUUUCCGAAUAAUUUUAUUGUUGCAUUCAUCCAGUCAAAAACUAUGUAAAUUUCCGCGUUGCACCUUUCCAAACUAAACAAGUUUCAAUAAACACGUAGUAAAUAGACUAUAAACAAAAGUAAUAAAAAGAAAAAUUGUAAUGUUAAAUUAAUUUUUCUCUUUCGCACCUGAGCAUAAUUACAUACAUACAUUCAUAUAACAUUUAGUCUGAGAAUACUUUGUAGAUCUAAACACGUUAAAACAAAAAAAAAAUCAAACAAUGUAAAAAACAGCAAAAAAUAAAUCAAAGAAAUCUUCAUUACAAAAGUAAAAUCCUUGAUAAGACAAGUUUCAAUAAAGAGAAAUAAAACGAA